AUGUAUUAAUGUGAGGCACCUGGUGCGAACUUUUAGACGUACGCGGAAAGCAAGGACGAAGAAAGAACAGUUGGAUCUUUCCAUAUACCACCGUGUGUUGUAAACUUUUAUAUUAACACCAUAACCAACCAAGUCACUAGGAAAAAAAGAAUAAGCAGAGGAGCUAAAACGACGUCGUCGAGGGAGAUUCUUGCCAUGGCCUCGCAUAGUCUCUCCUUCUUCUUCAGAGUUCUUCUCCUCCUCUUUCUUACUACUCUCUCAGAGAGAAUUAAGGGGCAAGGUGUGGGAAUCAAUUAUGGCCAAAUCGCUAACAACCUCCCAUCUCCGGCGAGAGUCGCCGUACUCCUCCGGUCACUUAACAUUACAAGAGUAAAACUCUACGACGCAGAUCCAAACGUCCUCUUCUCCUUCUCGAACUCACAAGUCGACUUCAUGAUCGGUUUAGGCAACGAGUAUCUUCAAAACAUGUCAACAGAUCCAACCAAAGCUCAAGCUUGGCUACAACAAAGACUCGAACCACACAUCUCCAAAACACGAAUCACCUCAAUCGUUGUCGGAAACGAAAUCUUCAAAACCAACGAUCAUGUCCUCAUCGGGAACUUACUACCGGCUAUGAAAUCGGUUUACACUGCUUUAACCAAUCUCGGUUUAGAGAAACAAGUAGCCGUAACGUCAGCUCAUUCUCUAGACAUUCUUCAAACAUCUUACCCUCCUUCCUCAGGAUCAUUCAAAGAAGAGUUCAUACAAUAUCUUGAACCACUUCUUGAUUUCCAUUCUCAGAUCAAAUCACCUUUCUUGAUUAACGCUUACCCUUUCUUUGCUUAUAAAGAUAGUCCUAAAGAGGUUCCAUUAGAGUAUGUUCUGUUCGAACCUAAUCCAGGUAUGGUUGAUCCAAACACUAAUCUUCAUUAUGAUAACAUGUUGUUUGCUCAAGUUGAUGCGCUCUACUCCGCCAUUAAGACUUUGGGACAUACCGAUGUCGAGGUUCGGAUAUCGGAGACCGGUUGGCCUUCGAAAGGAGAUGAGAACGAGAUCGGGGCUUCGCCGGAGAACGCGGCGUUGUAUAAUGGCAACUUGUUGAAGUUAAUACAGCAGAGGAAAGGAACUCCGGCGAAGCAAUCUGUUCCUAUUGAUGUUUAUGUCUUUGCUCUGUUCAAUGAGAAUCUUAAACCGGGUCCGGUUUCUGAGAGGAAUUAUGGACUUUUUUACCCGGAUGGUAAACCGGUUUACAAUGUCGGUAUGCAGGGUUAUUUACCUGAUAUUAUCUACACUUCAAAGGCAACUACAACCAAGGUAAACUCCUGUUUUUUCCUUUUUAAUAUUAGCAUUUCUAGUUAUUUUUAGAUCUUUAUUUUUUGGUUUUGAAAUUCAGAUUUACAGUAUCUAAAUUAUUUUCCUCACUCUGAUUGAUUUUUUCCUAAAAUUAAUUCGACAUUGUUUUGGCGAAAAGGUUUGUUUUCAAAAUCCAGCUUCACCUAUUUUCCAUUUUUUAGUUAUUAAUUUAAAAAUCCAGCUUCAAAAUACAUAAUUUUAAAAAAAAUCUUCUAAAAAUAGGACAGUACAUAUAUGUUUAACCUUUUUAUUUGCCAAAAAAAGGAGUAAUAGACAUUUAUAAUUUUGGUCAUAGUCAAAGUGAGAUUACGUUGAUA